AUGGUGAGUAAAGACGAGGCCAAAAGCAUCGUGGUGUCAGACACCGAUGAAUCCGAUUCGGACACGGACCUCGCGCACAACCUCGACGCGCACUCUGGGCCGCAGGUGAGGAAGAAGAACAAGGCCCUGCAGGUGCAUUUUCGGGAUAUCUGCGAGGCGCAGAAGGAGCACGGAGGAAAACACUCCCGUUCCAUAUCCUGCAAAGUGACCCACAGACAAUACAUGACCAUGCCCGCCAGACGCUCCAUCCCGAACGUGACCCGGAGCACCGGCGUGCAGACCUCACCUGACCUGACCAAGCGAUACAAGACUUUCCCCUUUGAGAGGAAGAAGGGACACACGUUCAAGCACGCCGCGUUAGUGGAGGACUACAGAGGACAAAACAACGGCUUUUUGAGCGAUAUAAAAGCGCUGGGAGAGGACGGACAACCCAUCGGGUUAUCCUCCGUUGUGGGACAGACCAAGGUUUUGCUCCACCAGACGGACGACAGCAGCGAUACGGAGGAUUUGAUUUGCGACGCCAACUGCGUGGACGGAACCUCCUGUCCGGAUUCUCAUCUCCCGUCCCGUCUGAACAACCCAGCGGAGCACCAGGACUGCGGGACAAGGACCAAACACAAAGGAUUACCGCGAGAAGACACGGACCAGGCUUCCGCCAAGCGUCUGCUGGCCAACUCUGAGUUCGCGAAGGGCGGGGGUCCGGUGGCGUGGAACUCUUUGACCCGAGUGGAGUCUUUAGGAAGCCCCUCGAAGGCUUGUAAAAGAAAGCAGUCCCAGACGCUUCCCCACAGCGCCUCGUGUUCGUCGCAGUCGCGAGGGCAGUGCAGGACCAGGCACGCCUCGGCCUCCUCCAAACUCCAGCAAACGCCUGGGACGGGCGAGGGUUUACCUGCAGGGACGCCGGUGGGGAGAAGCAGCCGGCGGGUGACACCUCAACCCGGAGACAAGGAUAUCAAAGAGCAGCUGCAGGCUAUGGAGAAUCUCAUCAAUUCCAGCCAGGAGACCAUCAAGGUCCUCCUCGGAGUUAUUCAGGAGCUAGAGAAAGGUGAAGCACAGAGAGAGGGGUGA